GCACAGUAGAGUUCCUCGGUAGAAGAGAUUUGUUCGCUUUGCUGCACGAAGCCUCGCUUUUGUCCGGGGAAUUAUGAGGAACCUUUGGAUGAUAUCGACCCUCUUCUUGACGGUCUUUCUUUUUGGAGAAAGGAUAUUGGUCACGGCUGCAAAGUCCUCAUCCUCCACAGAUGAUUUGUACCUCGAGGAAACGGGAUCUGGAGGAUACCCCGAAGAUGACGAUGACUUUAGCUCUGGAUCAGGCUCAGGUGCUGGUGAAGAAGAGGCGGCAAAGGUGAUUACAGAAAACAUGAUAUACAUAGCACCCAAAGCAAAACCUACACAGGACACCACCAAAGACUUCACACCCAAACUGGAGACUAUCACAGCCUGGGACUGGGACAACACAAAAGGACUGCCUAGACAGCCUGUCAGGACAGAGCGCCCAGUUCUUGUCACGGAGAAUGAGCGCAGAAAUCCAGUUGCGGGCACCACCAGUUCCCCUCGCUCCCCCGUAGAGGAGCCCUACGAAGUGCACUCAGAAAACCUCUUCCAAAGAACAGAGGUUCUAGCAGCUGUCAUUGCCGGUGGAGUUAUUGGAUUCCUCUUUGCCAUCUUCCUCAUCCUCCUUUUGGUGUACCGCAUGAGGAAGAAGGAUGAAGGCAGCUAUGAUCUUUCUGAGAGGAAACCCUCUGGAGCAGUGUAUCAAAAGGCUCCUACCAAGGAGUUUUACGCAUAGACUCCUUUUCCGUAACUGUCUCGUAAGCUAAAACUUCAUCAGUGACACAGCAUCGAUGGUCCCAUAUCGCUGACGACGACAAGCACGUUCAAGUAAAGAUCAAAACUAAGCAAGCAACCGAGGAACAUGAGUAACAUGAAAGCUUUUGUGUAGAGUAUUGUAAUUCAAACCUUUUCCUCUUUUUUUAAUGAAAAAAAAAAAAAACAAGCAAUUAUGGUCAAUCUCAGUGUAUUUAAACUUUGUGUAUUAUUUGAAAAGGAUGAAAAGAUAAAAAAAAAGAAAACACAAACUAUAAAGGUGAUUCAUUUUCUGUCUUCUGUCAAAGGAGCUUUUAGUCGCUGACUACUUUUUAACUGUAGCAGUAUGUAUUUGUAAAGAAAAAAAUGUAAGUGGAAACAAUUUGAAUAGAAUUGUUCUGUACCAGUCCAGCUUUCUUUUGCAGCAUUAUUUUGUCCUAGCAUGUCUAACGAUGAUGUUAAAGGUGUAUUUCAUUAACUUAUCUUUUUCUCUGGUGUUAAAAAUGCCUUUCUUCACUUUUCAUAUAGCGCUUUUGUCUCUGGAUUAACAUUGAAUCCUUCAGUGUAAAUGUUCUCCCUGGUUUAGUUUAUUCUUUUCUGUCCAUGGAAAUGAAAUAUUCUUCCUUUUUAUUUUCUUUUGGUGUAGAUCUAGCUUCAUGUGUAAUAUUGCUUGUGGUUUGGUCAGUAAUUGGACAUAAAGGUGAUAAGUGACAGGACAUGUGUAGAGCAAAAUCUACCCACUUAUAGCUUUAUUAUUUAAUUUAAUCCAAUUUGGUAUAUGUAGGUGCUUGCCAGAGCUUGAGAUAAAAAACAAAAAAAACAAAAACGUUCCUUCUCGCACCACUGGUGGUUGGAUACUAAUAUUCAGUUUAGUGUGUUAUGACUCACCUAUAAUGCCUGGAUUCACUAUGAAUUAACUUUCAAUCCAUUCCAGUGGAAGCUGAUUGUUUUCGGUGCUGAUAUCAGACAUAUUAGAAGGAAUUAAUAUAUCGGUAAUUCAGAAAAUCCUAUUUAAACAUAUUUGGUGCAUUCAUGCAUAAACUGACGUGUUUUGCUUCCUUUGCUGCCCUGAUUUGUUUGUUUCUCUCUUUUGGGUGUGAUGCCUUUUGGCUCUUGACCCUUUUUAGAAACACUGGUGGCGUUUUGUCAGUGUUUUGAUGCUUCUGAUAAAGGCAUGCAUUUUGUCUCUGAAAUGAUUCAUGCCAAGUCGAACUUUGCUCUAAUCAGGUUCCUAUUUGUGUUUGAAGCUAUACUUAGAAAUGGAGAACUGCUCCCAGUAAUGGUCUGGUGCUCAUCUAAAAUGCUAAUGAGUACAGGAAGUUCAUAUUUACUGUUUUUUUUCCCUUUGGAAGUCUGUAUGAAUUCAGCAGGUCAUAAAGUCGUACUGAGAAGGAGAGCAGAAUGAAGAGGCCCAUGUUUCUGAAUACAUCACACACUGCAUUCUAAACUCUACACAUUCAUGGGUUUAGCUUGCUCUUGACAACCCCAUGUAGUGACACCCCCUCUGACAUGGUCCACUUUAGCUGGAUAUGACCACAGAAGGUUACUUAAAAAAAAAAAGAAAAUAAAUAAAGGAUUCUUCUAUUGUUGUAUCAUACUCCAAUGGCCACCUAUGAGUUUUCACAUUUUAGUGUGACUUUCCAUUUUACUUUAUCUUUGACUUUUUAAAGACAAGUCCAAAUGCUUAUUCAUAUAUAAAAACUAUAUAGAUUAAAAUAUAUAAAUGUAUAUUCAUAAAAUGUUUUAAACCUUCAAAGUGCCUAUCAUUUGGAAAUGUGCUUGUGUGUGUAUAAGCUGAAGGCAGUGUUUGUACAUCGGAAUCGCCAGAGCAACUGGUCGCGUGGAAGCACAGCUGACUGUAACAGUAACCUUUUUUAGUCUUACAAAAUGCAGACAGUAUUGUAAGUUGAAACAACACUACUGAAUAAACAUUGUGGCCUAAUUUUGAUCA